GGCCAGCCGGGACAGGAUGGGGCCGGAAGUGGCUGUGCUGGGCGCCGCCAUGACGGCCUGUGGGGAGAUGGGCGCCGCCGUGACAGCGUGAUACCGGAAGAGGAGGGUCGCUCCUCCCUGGGUUACCCCACGCCGGCGCCGGCUCGAGAUGCAGGCGGCCUUGGAGGUGACCGCGCGCCACUGCGGCCCGGAGCUGGAGCGCUACGGCCAGUGCGUGGCGGCCAGGCCCGAGUCGUGGCAGCGGGACUGCCACCACCUCAAGAUGGACAUGGCGCGCUGCACGUCCUCGCACCCGGUCAUCCGCCGCAUCCGCCAGGCCUGCGCCGAGCCCUUCCUGGCCUUCGAGGAGUGUCUGCGCCGCCACGAGGCGGCCGUGGGCAACUGCGCCGAGCACGUGCGCCGCUUCCUGCAGUGUGCCGAGCAGGUGCAGGCAGAGCCGCUUCCCGCCUCCUGAGGACUUGUGGCUGCAGGAAAGCUGGACGUGAGAGACUGACCACAUGAUGCCCUGUCCCUGCACCGAGUGCCACCUGGAGUCCUGGGGCAAAGCUGGACCCUGGACAUCAGGGCUCCCAGUAAAUAAAGACUAUGUCCCGGGCUUUGAUUCCUGCCUCCAGCACCUCAAGGGCCCUAGGAGGCACCUUUAAGCUGCGGAAGUGCCCGGAGGGGGCAGGAUGUGCCAACGGUCCCUCUUCCAUUUCCCGGCUGCUGCUCACGCAGGGGCAGGCCCGUCCCCCCCGCCACUCCUUCCACUCGGCAUCCACCUCCAUCGUGUUUACUUGGGCUGGGGCUGAGGGGUGAGGGGCCCACUAUAUAGCAUACCUCUCCUUAGUUCAGAAAAUACUGGCUUUGUAGUUGAAAACGUCUCCAUUGAAGGACAUAGCUUAGAGACGUGCUCUGCCAGGCUGCUGCCCUGUCGUGGUUUGUGUUCCUCAGAAGCAGCCCUGAGACUGCUGCAGGCGGUGCGUUUGGAAAGUGACUCCAGGGAUGCUGGAGGGGUGUGCAGCAGUGGGUCAGAGAGGUUCUCAGGGGUGCACUGUCAGGCCAGCGAGACACAAAGGCCAUGGUCAGGGCCACCCUGUGAGGACGCUCCCCUCGCCUGGCCUGAGGUCCUCGUCCAGCACUCUGGCCUCCCUGGGUGUGGGCCUGGGGUGGCCCCUCAGCAGUAGCCUUCAGCCUCCAGAAGGGCACUGAAGGGACCUGGGCGGGGGCCAAGAGCAGUGGCUGCAGCUUCUUGAAACAAAUGCCUGGUCAUGUGCUCCCAGCAGGGGGGACCUGAGGAGCAGAGGGCAGCCGGGCAGGUGGACGGGCAAGGGACACACCCGGAGCCACCAUUCAGACAAGUUGCUUCUCCCAGGAGUUGGCCACAAAUCCCUGGAGGUUGGAGGCUAGUGGCUGGACCGGGCUGGAGCAGCCAUUCAAAACCCAAGGCUUGUGCUCUCUCCUGGGAACGUGAGCCUGGCCAAUCCGAGCUUCCAGGGCACAGGAAGUCAUCAGUUGGCUCCGGAGCAAGGGGGAAGCCACCUGGUGUCCAUGGCCAAGAAAAGAGAGAACCUGGGCAGUGACAGGAAGGGAUGAGCAGUUCCUGGGUGCCUGAGAGGGCUGGCUGGGUCCUGGAGACUCUGUACCCCAGCUCCGCCUUUGCUGGGCCAUGGAUUGAGCCCUCAGGUUUCUGUGUAUGAUUUUAGCCAAGCCCCUUGGCUCGAGUUAGUUUGCUUGGCUUUCUGCUCUGCACAACGAAAGGAAGCUUGAUAGAAGUGGCCCUCUUGGCUCCAGAUUAGACCUGGAGACUACAUUUUAGAACAUCUGAAUGGCUUCUCCCAGCAGGCUGCCACCCUCCUUCUGUGGUGGCCUCAGAGUUCCAAGAGGGUGACAGUGGGAACCUGGAGGCUUCUUCCUUCCACAUCACUCUCAGCCCGUUCUGUUGGUCAGAGUAGGGCCUGGGGCCAAACCGUCUUAGGGAGGCCGGGAGGGAGAUUGCAGCCACUUGUCCCAAGGAGAAGCGACUGGGGGUGACGUGACAACCGGUGAGGAAAGUGAAGGGUGGGGCACCCUGAGGAUGGACCCCAGCAGCAGGCGCCCCAUGCCAGGCCCAGGGUCUAGGAGGCUUUGAAGGAAUGUAAUUGCAAUAGGGCUACUUCAAGUAGAUGUUACCUAUAUUAAGUAUUUAAAAAAAAAAAAAAAAAGCAAAAAACACCAUGUAUCUCUCUGUGCCAUGAUAUAGUGAGAUAUUUUUAUGCUUUGUUUCCUUUUCCAGUUGUUUCCCCGGUCUGCCUGCAGCCUAUAAGACAUUUCAUAUAGUGUCAAUGUGGAAUUUGCUGUCUGGCAGCCGUCAAGCCUGCCUGGCAUUUAUUCCAGCUGCUCAGGAUCCUCCCAGCAGGAGCAUUUGAACACAAAGUACUGAGUUUUAUUCACCAGUGACGGCAGUUUUUCUAGACUUACGGGAAUUAGUUUCCAGCUUCUCCAAAACAUCCAUUCACUUUGUACCUAUUUGGUAAAGUGGCCGUUUGUCAAUCA